AUCAGUUGGCUUUAAUGCACAUAUCUGUCGUUAAAGCUUCUUCAGCGUUAUAUAUUUUCGGCUCAAAACGAGUUUUACGUUUUCGGCAACAGUUUUAGUUUAUUCAUUUAUUUUGUGUUGUGCUGACGCAAAAAUAAUAACAGCUACAAAAUGAGAGUGCCCACCAUGCUAUCCGAGAUCGAUCAACUGCCCUCCAUAAAGCUGGGCGACUUUACACUGCAGUUUGAACUUGGGGAAGAAACUGCCGCGGCCAAGGAGGUGGCCAUAAGGGAACUACGUGAAUCGCCCGAACGUCAAAAACAGGCCACACAGGAACUUAAGCGUCUGCUGGAAGCGGAAACCGAUUUGUACUGUCCCAAGGACAAUGAAGAGUGGCUCAUACGUUUUUUGCGUCCUUGCAAGUAUUAUCCUGAAAGCGCAAGAGAUUUGAUCAAGCGUUACUACUCCUUUAAAGUGAAGCAUGCCGAUGUUUAUAACGAUUUGAAGCCCACACGGGAGGCAAACAUUUUUAAAAACAAUAUACUAACGGUAUUUCCAAAUCGAGAUCAGCAUGGACGUCGCAUUUUGUUGCUGGAGCUGGGCAAGCGCUGGAAGCAUAAGCAGGUAACGCUGGAUGAAGUUUUCAAGGGCGCUGUAAUCUUUCUGGAGGCCGCCAUGUUGGAGCCCGAGACACAAAUCAAUGGAGCCGUGGUCAUCUUCGAUAUGGAUGGCUUAAGUUUGCAGCAGACUUGGCAGUUUACGCCGCCAUUCGCCAAGCGCAUAGUUGACUGGCUGCAGGACUCGGUGCCGUUGCGCAUCAAGGCCAUACACAUAGUUAAUCAGCCCAAGCUCUUCAAUAUAGUCUUUGCUCUGUUUAAGCCUUUCCUGCGUGAGAAGCUGCGCGGUCGCAUCAUCUUUCAUAGCACGGAUCGCGAGUCGUUGCAUAAGCACAUGUCGCCCAAGUGCCUGCCAGCUUGCUAUGGCGGCAUCUUGGAGCUCCCACGCGUCGAUGGCGAUCAAUGGUAUAAGCUGCUGAUGAUGUGCGACAAGGAAUAUGAUGCCAUCAAUUCGUAUGGUUAUAAGAAGAAGUGAGAGCGAUUGGGUUACAUAGCCAAGUGAUUGUACAGCAAGUGAUAAUGUUUCUCCCUUAUAUAAUUCUAUUAAUUUAAGCCUUACAACUGUUAUACGCUGGUCUAGCCAAUGCUUGCGUUAGUUUUCUAGUUAGUAUUCAGCGCCGAAUUGUUUGCCGUAGUCUGUUAUAACUAACAAACACACAAAAUAUCAAACUAAAUAUUUUAAAACUGGGAUUAAGUUUAAUCAUAGCAUGUUAUAUACAUAAAUAU